UUUUGUCAUUCGCAAUUAUCAACCGAAAAUUAUUUCUGAGAAAAUCUCACGGAAGAAAGUGAGAAUUUUAUCUUGUUUUGUAUUUGUCGAGAUUUUCAACUUGUUGGUUAUUGGAAUUUUUUUUAAGUUAUCAGUCGGAAUUUUUUUCGUCACUUUUCUGAGUAAUAUAUUUGUCAUAUUCAUGGUAUAUUGGCUCUGGUUUGGCGAUUUAAUUGCGACAAAGCAAUACAUGUCAUUUACACCAGCGCAAGAGCAUUCAAAUAAAAUUGAAAAAGCUAAUUGCAAAAUAAAUCCAAGAACGUUUUAUCCUGGAAGAAUGAAAGAUCACAAAACGUAUUCAACUUCAGUGUCCAUUGUUGGAAUAAGUUGCCGUUUUGGUGGCGGUGUUAAUUCCAAAGAUGAUUUUUGGGACCUUCUCGUCAAAGGGGGCUCCGUCAUUGCUUCUUAUCCUGAAAACAGAUUAGAAAGUUUAACAAUGAAAAGGUUUUAUAAUCCCAAUCAUGACGUCCCUGGUAAACAUUACACGCUUAAAGGUGCCUUUCUUGAUGAGAUCAGCAAAUUUGAUGCACAGUUCUUUGGCAUUUCACCUGCUGAAUGUCGUGCUAUGGAUCCACAACAACGUUUACUAUUACAACAUGUGUACGAAGCCGUUGAAGAUGCUGGAUUAAAGCUUGAAGAUCUUCAGAAGUUACGUACCGGUGUUUAUGUUGGGCUUAUGAACUUAGAUUAUGGUCGAUUACUAUUGGACGAUGAUAAUGUACCGAACAUUGAUGAAUUUGCGUCUACUGGAAUCACAGCUUCCACUGUUGCGAAUAGAAUUUCAUUUUCUCUUGAUUUGCACGGUCCAAGCUUAACCGUGGACACGGCAUGCUCAUCGUCUUUAAGUGCUUUAAACAUAGCAGUGACACAUUUACAAGCUGAUGAAUGUGAUGUAGCCAUUGUUUGCGCCCCAAAUUUGAUUCUUGCUAGAUACUUUCACACUGCAUGUUGUAGGACCGGACUUUUGGCAGAUGAUGGUCGAUGCAAAAGUUUUGACGCAAAAGGUGAUGGUUACGGACGCGGGGAAGGUGUAGCAGUUGUCAUUUUGAAGCCAACUCAUGUUGCGCUUCAGGACAACGAUGAAUUGUAUGCUGACAUUCUUGCCUGUGGGCUCAACAACGAUGGACAGACAGCAAUUCCCAUGACGGCACCAAGCAAUAAAAUGCAAGCUGAGCUUGCGCACUCUGUGUUGAAAGAGUCUGGACUGAGAAAAACAGAUAUCCAUUAUGUAGAAACGCAUGGUACAGGUACAGCUGUUGGUGAUGUCAUUGAGAUGAGAUCGGUUUCCAAAGUGUACGCAAACACAUCAAUUCGUGUACUUCGUAUUGGUUCUGUUAAGUCAAAUAUCAACCACACAGAGUCUACAGCAGGCCUUGCAGGUUUAAUUAAAGUAUGUCUUAUGAUAAAAUAUGCUCACUUCGUUCCUACAGUCAAUAUAUCGGAAUUAAAACCACAGUUAAAAAUUGCCGAGAGAAAGAUGAGUGUUCAGACAAAAUACGAGCCAUGGACUGUCGCCUGCGGUCAACUUCGCACAGCAGCUGUAUGCUCCUACGGUUAUGGUGGAGCUAAUGCUCAUGUGAUCGUACGUGAAAGUCAAUCUUUGGGGCAAAAUGAGGUGAUAACGCCACCCAAACAAGGGGCUUGGGUUUUAACACUGUCUGCUCGUUCCCGUGAAGCAUUACGGGUAAUGGCAGGAAAAUUCUCGAAGUGGUUAGAAGAGAAAAGUGAAGAUGACAAUAUUUUAAAGGCAAACAUUUGUUAUUCGCUUAACAGUCGUCGUAGUGUGCACUCACAUCGAAUCGCCUUGCCAUUUGUGUCGUUUAAACAGGCCUCAUAUUCACUGAGAUUAUACUCACAAGAUAGUCCUGGCUGGCCAAAAUAUAUUGUGGCUAAUAAUGAUGCAAGCUCGACUAUCAAGAAACUGGCCUUUGUUUUUGGCGGUCAGGGCAACAUCUGGAGUGAUAUGGCAUCGGAUUUAAUGCAACACGAGCCCAGAUUCCAAGAAUCUAUACUUGAAAUUGAUGAAAUUUUGGAAAGGAUUGGUCUUUCUUGCCGUCUUUGUGAUUUGUUGAUGAAAGGUAGCUUUCAUAUUGAGAAUAACGUUGUGUCUCAAAUGGCAUUAUUUGCUACACAUUAUGGUAUGACGCAACUUUUAAAGUCGUGGGGAAUUAUCCCUUCUUCUGUGAUUGGCCACAGCUUGGGGGAAAUCUCUGCUGCUUUUAUUGCGCAUAUCAUCAGUUUAGAAGAAGCAGUCCAGUUAAUUCUGCUUCGGUCAAAGCUUCACGAAGCUUGCUCUCCUAAUGGAAGAAUGUUAGUAGUUGGAAUGUCGAUGGAGGAUACUGAAAUAAUGCUGAGAUCUUUAAAAAUGAAGUCAAGAUUGAGUAUUGCUGCUGUUAAUAGUCCAUCAAACGUUGUUUUAUCUGGCGAUCAAUUCGCUGUUGAGAAACUAGAAGAAUAUUUGUAUAACAAAGGGAUGUUUUACCGGAGACUAGGCACGAACCGUGCAUUUCAUAGUCAUGAAGUGAAUUGUGUCCAAGAGACAUUUAAAAAAGACAUUGAGCAACUGAAACUAUGCCCAGGUUAUUCAAAAAUACCUUUCUAUUCCACCGUGUUGGGAAGCCAGACAUCCUGUAUAGCACGCGAUCAUUGGUGGAAGAAUUUUCGCGAUCCAGUUUUAUUUAGUUCAGCUGCUAGCCAAAUGAUGGUCGAUGGAUAUAAGGUGUUUCUCGAGAUUAAUAUUACGCCCCAGUUUUCCCGUUGUGUCCAGGAUAUUUUCGCUCGUAAACGAGAUGAGCUGCCAAAGGAAAUGAAUUCGAUUUUCUAUAUCGAAACUUUACCCAAAAAGACAGCAAAAGACCGAUAUAUUUCCUUCCUUCGCAAUUGCCCAGCAAAAUUGUACACCCUCGGAUACCCAAUAGACUGGGAACGAAUUCAAGGAUGUGGAACGAGGCAACUAAUUCGCUUACCGAGUUAUCCCUGGCAGGAACGAACGUACUGGUACCGAGAUUCUGAACCUGACAAAUGUAUUAAACGGUUUACUGGAAAGAAAGAAUUGUCUGCAAACGUGUCAACAAGUCAAAUGAAAAAUACAAUCGACAGCAGCUUUAAGUUGGAUAAAACUCAUCCUUUGUUAGGAAACAUUUUUCCAACAGAAGCAUGCUCUGGAUUGCUCGCCUGGACUUCAGAGAUUGAUUUGCAUAAGUUUCCUUUUUUGGAAGAUCACAAGUUUAUUGGUUCUAAAGAAGCCGUUAUCCCGGGAGCUUUUUAUUUGGAAAUGGCUCUUGCAAUGUCUAUGCAUCUGUUUCCAGAUGUGCCACCAGUUUUACGUAAUGCCACGUUCGAAAAUCUCCUUACUCUAAAGAACAACGAAAUAGCACGAUUUUGCACUCGAUUAAACACGCGAGGAAAGCCUGAAGCAUGUCACCAUUAUCAAAUGACGAAAGUGGAGAAAAAUGGCAACGAGAUCUUGGUUUCUAAAGGUUUCGUAUCUUUUGAUGUCACCAAGCAUUCUUUUGAUAAAGUGAAGGUUCCAUUGGAAGCCAUCAAAUCACAGCUUGUCAAACAGAGUCUAGACACAUUCAAUUUGAGACGAGAACAACGAGGAUUUGCAUAUGGACCGCAAUUUUCUCUCAUCGCAGAAACAUGGUGUUCGCAAGUGGAAGCGCUUUGCUCUGUUUCUCUUACUGACGAGAUACGUUGUUCAUUACCAUUCUAUGUUGUUCAUCCUUCCAUCAUUGAUUCGUGUAUUCAAAGUUUGUUUUUGUUGGCGAAUUCUGUUGAGAAACCUGUUCCCUAUGGUGUGGCCGAAGUUAAAAUUCAUCGUGUAAACUUUACUGAUGUUAUGUAUUGUCAUGUGAAACAUCACGUGAAACACGAUAAGAAUCACGUGAACUAUUACAAGAAUGCUCAAGAAGAUCAGACUUAUGACAUUGUCCUGAUGGAUUGCCAUGGAAACGCAGUGCUUUCUUUUACUGAAUUCAAAAUGGUUGACUUGUCCAAAGUUGGUCCUACACGAAGUUUGACAGAUGUGACGUAUCACGUUCUAUGGGAGGAGGUUAAGAUUGAUGGUAACGUUGACGUCGUGGACAAGAUCUGGCUCAUCAGUCCAGAUCAAUAUAGUUAUGCAGACCAGUUCAUGAAGUUAAUUCCUGAUGAUAACCCAAAAUUUAUUUUCCAAUUUCCGGAGACUUUCGAAACAUCAAUUAGAAAUGCAUUCUUGGAAGUACUCAAGGCUGCUUAUGAUGCGUUCAAGUCCAGUAAAAACUACAAAAACAUUUGUGUUGUCAACUUUUUACCAGUAAACACACACAGUUUGUCGCCACAAUGGAUUCAUUUUAGACAGGCUCAUCAAGAUGCUUUUGAAAGCUCCUUAAUUUUGCUUCAAACCAUUGCAAGUGUAGAUUAUUCCGACAUCAUUCAACUUAUACUUGUUACUUGUGACGCCAUUCCCAUAAGUCUAAGUCAAAGAGAUACGCUCACAUUUCCAUGGUCCAGCAGUUUGCUUGGUUUUAGAAGAACCCAAGCUGAAGAGAUGACCUCACCAAAAAUAUGCAUUGCUGACCUGUCAAUAGAUUCCAGUACCACCGAUUUCCGAUCAAUGUUGAACGAUCUUCAAUUGGUCGACAUUGAAGAGGAGAUAGUAUAUCGAGACGGAUUACGGUAUCUUAAUCGGAUUAAGCGUUUCGAUCAACUGAAUUUGAAGAAAGUCAAGCACUCGCAUGGAAUUGAGCACAUUGAAAAAGAAUUGGAUCUCGAAGAAACUUUUGAUUCGGGAGUCAUAGAAACAGAUGCAAACCACCCAGAUUCUUCUAUGUUCUUGACUACAGCUGUUAAAGAUGAUUCGUGGUUUAACAGUCGAGCAAUAUCAGACGAUGUUAAACAAAAGAGCAAACAAUUUAACUGCUUAAAUGGUGGUAGGAGCUAUCUCGUUGUUGGAGGUAUUCGUGGCUUUGGUUUUGAAACUGCUCGUUGGCUCAUUCACAAUGGAGCGAAGACUAUAGUAUGUACAGCAAGAUCGGCACCAAGUCCCUCGAAGAUAGCUGAGGUAGCCGCAAUCCAGCAGAAAACUGGUGCAAAAAUACUUUUGCGUCAAGCAGAUGUUACGUCAUGGCAGGACAUGUGUGCAAUUGCAAGGGAACUGGAGAGACUUCCCCGAUUAGCUGGGAUUGUGUUUACUGCAAUGAUACUGGAAGAUCAAAGAAUUGUUAAUGUUGAUCUUCAAACUUGCCUACGCGUUGUCGCCACAAAAGUUCAAGGCAGUGUAAUUCUUCAUCAGUUAAGUCUAAACUAUGACUUAGAUUUCUUCAUUUUGUUUUCGUCUAUUGCUGGCGUCGUCGGGAAUCUUGGUCAGCUGGCGUAUUCUGCUGCAAACAGCUUUCUCGACUCGUUGUGUGAUUUUCGUCGUAAGAAACUUGGUUUGACUGCUCUAUCUGUGGCAUGGGGCACGAUGGCUGGUGCUGGUAUACUGGAAAGAAGUAAAGAUAUUGCAAGCUUGUUUCAAAGUUACGGGUUUCGUAUGAUGUCUUGUAAACAAGGAUUGAUAUAUCUCGAAGAGUUUCUAGAGCGAUAUCCAGACCAAUCACAUGUCAUAAUUUGCGAUAUUGAUUGGUCAACGUAUCUCAAGAGCUCUGCGUACGUACUACAUAAGUCACGAAGACUGGGUUCGCUAAACGAUGAGGCGUACUUGAACAAGACGAGUGAAUCACAAAAUGUCAUGACUUUGGAGCUUCUGUCCUGCCUCGAUCCAAUGCAUCGUCGAAAAACGAUCGAAGACUUUGUGAGAAGGCUGUUGUCGACUUGGACCGAAACUGACUGUCAUGAGGUAGAUUUGAACCAACCAUUAUUUAAAUAUGGCGUCGAUUCGAUAGGUGCAGCUAACAUGAGCCUGCAAACACGAAAUACACUUGGUGCAAUAUUUGAGAUUUAUUAUUUCAUCCAACCAAAAACAACUGGUAUGUCAAUAAUCAAUGAUACCCUGAAGCAAAUAAAGGAAUUUCAACGUCUUCAUGUCAUUUCCGACACAAAAUCAUCUUUGUCCAUAACACAAAUGCAAAAUAUCGAACAAAAUUUUUUAAGAAAUUCUGAAGAUAAUGUUAAAGUGAUUCCACUAUAUGUUCCUGAUGAAGCUGUUUUAAAUAUCUUUAUGAUACAUAGUAGUCAUAGGUCUUCUUUGGCAAACUUACCUUUUGCGUCAGCCUUUCACCAUCAGGAGAAAGUUGCUCUGUACAGUAUUGGUACGGAGGAUUCCUUGGUUGAAAAUGAAUAUUGUUUUGAUAGCGUUAAGAAGAUGGGUGAAAAUUACAUCAAAUUAAUCAAAUCCAUUCAAAGAUUUGGUCCAUAUUACUUAGCUGGAUUUUCAUUUGGUGGACUCAUCUGCUACGAAAUUGCCUCUCAGCUAACGUAUAUUGGCGACAAUGUUCUUAUGGUUGCAAUGUUAGACACCAUGUCAUGGAUACCGAGAUCAAUUCAGAACAAUGAUCCGGAGUUUGAAACGUUUCAUACAAACCUUAUAUUGGAUUUAAAGCAAAAAAUGGUCACUCGUUAUCUUGAGUCCACGGCUCUUGGUCAACUUGGCCAAGAAUACAAGUCGCUCAUUAAUGAAUUUGUAUUCCGUGGGAGCUCAUCUUCAAUGUUAGUGGACAGAGCCAUGAAAUCGAAAGUCGAUUUGAAUAACAUCAAAAGUCAUGUUGCGUCACUUGAAAGCCAAUCUAAGGGAGCAUGCGUUGCUCAUUUUGAUUGGCAACCUGUCAAGCUGAUGGCAUACAAACAAAACAUAACAUACAUAAAAUGCUGCAAAAACGACGAAGAUAAAAAAUUAAUUUCUUGUUAUUGGGAUCCUAUCGAUUCGUGGAAAUCAUUGACAGACGAUAUUGACGUCAUUUCUCUUCCAUGCAGUCAUUUUGAGCUCUUGGAUAUACCUUACGCUGAAAUUUGUAGUCAUGUGAUACUUACUACCGCUGUAUUCAAGUACCGCAGUCAUGCACCGUAUUUUUGGAAGACCCAAAUAACAAAUCACGAGAAACAAUUGAUAAGUUUACUCAAAGAUGAAAUUGUUGUUGUUUUCAAAGAUGUACGAGGUUAUCUUACUGGCAAAAUGAUGUUGAAUGCUCAAGAAGACAAAAUGCAUAUAAUUUUGGAAAAUAAAACUAGAGUCGAAAUUAGUUUGCCUGAAAUACGAAACAUCUUACCUGGAGAAUUCGUAACAGACAAUGACUUUUGUAAGGCUCACGAUGUGAAUCUUGUAAUAUCGUUUUUACUGGAUCAAAACAGAAAAGUUCAUGUCAUGUGUGAAGAUUGGAGAAAUCGUGACGUCUUUUUAAAAGCAUUCAAAAUAUUGUUUGGCACAACAUUGAUUUCCUUUGAUUAUUAAUCUUAUUGUAAUUUAGAAAGAUAUUUAUGUAACCAUACGAAAUUAGAUUUGAUUGUUUGUCUCUCUUAGCCUUUCCUCAUUGACAGAUGGAAAUAAAACUAACGUCAUCAUGUCA